GAAGAAGGUGCAUUCAUCAGCUGCUAAUAACUUCAACUUAUAUGAUCUCCAUUUCUAAAGUAGGUUAUAUUAAAGCUAAGUUGCAGAAGUUAUUCCCAAGAUCUUGAUUCGAGAUUCAUUUAUUUCUGAUACAUAGUUGUGAACAUUGAGUACCCGCUACAUGAUAGUUUAGGAGGCUUAGAGUUAUUCCUCUUGAGCAGUGGCUUGAUAACCAUCAGCGAACCAGUCUAAACUGCAGUUUUCAUUUGGAUGAUAAUAAAAUGUUGCAACGGCAAAUUAUGUUUAAGCAGCUAGAAGAACUCCAGAGGCAAAAGAAACUUCAAGAGUUAAAUGACCAGAGGCAACAAAAUGUUAUAAAUCAACAAUCUGUAAUACACGAUAAGCAAGCCUCUGGGGUUCAAUAUGCACCCUUAAUUAAUGGAACACCGGUCCGUGAUGCUUCCCAAAUGUUUAUGUUUGGUAAUGGCAAUACCAACUUGGUCCAGGGGUUUCAGAACAGGUUGCCUUAUUCACAGGCACAAAAUCAAGUGUUGCGAUCAAUGGGUCUUGCAUCUCAGCCAGUUGAUGCACAUAGUUUUAGUAAUCUUUCACAUUUUCAGGGCGCAAUUCAUGAAUCCACUGGCGAACAGGUGGACACUAUUAGUAGAUCUUCUUUGAGUGAUCAGUAUAAUGUUUCUUAUCAGGCCAAAAACAUGUUUGGACCAGGUUUUAGUCAAGGUUUAGAUAUGGGAAGUCAAACAGGAAAUGAUCAACAAGAAUUUGGUAGGGGUCAUGAGCAAGACAUCAACCCUUCUCAAGACUUCACUUCUUUGGAUCCGUUGGAACAGAAGUUCUUAUUCAGUACAGAUGAUGACAGCUUGGGAGGUUUUGGGAGCAUGUUUGAUGACACUGAUAAUUCGCAAGCUCUUCCAUCUCUUCAAAGUGGGACUUGGAGUGCUCUUAUGCAGUCUGCACUUGAAGAAACCUCGAGCACUGAUACUGGUGUGCAGGAAGAGUGGAGUGGUUUGAGCUUUCAGAACCCAGAACUGUCCAAUGAUAACCAGCCCCCUAAUAUAAUGGAAAGUGGGAAAAACCUACCUUCAUGGCAAAAUAAUAAUUUUCAAAAUGCAUCUUCUUUAACUGCAAGGCAGGAGGAUCUUAAAUCAUCUAAUGCAAGCUCUAGUUUCCCCAGUUUUCAACAAUCCCACAAAGAAGGUGGCGGAUUUGAAGCAAGUGCGCAAGCUCAAAGAUUUUCACAUUUACAGGUCCAUCAAAGACCGGGUGGGCAUGAUGGAGAGUUUGGGUUUGUUCAUGAUGCUUCAAGUAAUGGUGAAGAGUUUAACAAGGGGGUUUUGCCCUCUAAAGCAUCAGACAUGACAACUCUUAGAAGCAGCGAAUCUUCUGGGAUGUCUGCCAUUGUGGACAGACCAGCAGACUUUCCUACUGCAGAUUCAAAUUCUCAGACAAGUCGGCAUAUGCUUGAGCUUUUUCACAAAGUAGACAAGCUCAGAGAAUAUAGACAUUCUGCACCCUCUACAAAUUUUGAAUCACUUUCAACAAAUGUGAUGCCUAAGCCUGAAACUGCCGAUGCACAAACUCCCUCCAACAAUUAUUCUGCCCCACCAUUUGGCUUUAGAUUGGCUUCUCCAACUCAAAGGCCCCCGGUUAACUACUUUGGCUUAUCUCAGAUCUCCCGUCCACCGGACACCUCCCAUAUAGUCCAAUUAAAGGACCAAGAUGGCCAAAGAUCGUUAAUGUUUGAGGGUCAACAGGUUUCUAAUUCAAUGAGAAAGUAUAAUACGUCGGUAGAUAAUCCAUCACAGCCAAAUCUUUCUGGAAUGGGAUCCUAUAAGACUAUAAGUGGAUCUCCUUCAGCCUCAGAUGUGUCACAUAGCAGGAUUGAAACUACUUCUGAAGUUCCAAAGGAGUCUGGUGUGGCAAAUAACGUAUUGGAAGCUAGUGGACAUGUAUUGAAUUCCCAAGGUUUUGAUUACUCAAGAGGGCAAGAAGGUAAAUUUCUUCUUGAAGAAGAUGCUUUCCCUGGACGUGCAAACGCAAAUGCAUCUUUGAAGAAAGUGCAUAUAUCCCCUCUGAAUCCCACAUACUCUGAUCCUAAUGCAAGGCCAACAUUAAAGAAAGAAAUGGUCGAUUCCGAUCCUAAAGCUCCUCAACUUAACUCUGUAUAUGAGAAUUAUAGAAAUCUGCUCAUGGCAUCUGCUGAAAGAGAAGAUCAGAUGGUCAAAAGAUCGUCUAACCCAUCUCUUCAUGAUGCUUCACAGCCGCGUAUUGAUAAUUCGUUCGUGCAAAUGAAUUUAGCCGACACAAGUCAAAAUGGGAUUGUAAAGCCAUUGUCCGGGACCAACACGUUUGCUGUCAAUCAAUCAUCUUCCCCUUACAUGCAGUAUAUAGAUGUGCCCAAACAACCUUUGCCUGUUUAUCAAUCAAAGAAGCGUAAAUUUUCUACGUAUGAGCUUCUACCAUGGUAUAAAGAAGUAACGCAAGGUUCUUCAAGGCUCCAAGAUAUGAGCAUUGCUGAACUAGAAUGGGCACAGGCUGCAAUUCGGGUACCUGAAAAGUUAAAAGAACAUGGAGAAGCGUCGGGAGACUCACCUUCAAUGGUUCACCCAAAAAAGAGAAUUAUCUUUACGACACAACUUAUGCAAGUGUUAUUCCGACCUGCACCAGCUGCAAUCCUCUCAGCUGAUGCCACUGCAUGCUAUAAUAGUGUAACAUACUUCGCUGCUAGAUUUGCACUUGGUGAUGCAUGUGGGUUGGCAAAGCAUUCUCACAUGCCUUGCGAUAUAUCCGACUCGUUAUCAGACAAAAAGGAUAUAUCUAAGCGCAGCGGUGAAAAUCUCUCAAAGACUGUAGAAGAUUUCAUUGAUCGAGCAAAAAAACUAGAAGAUGAGCUUUUGAGGUUGGAGAAUGGAGGCUCGUAUCUUGAAAUAAGAAUGGAGACCCAAGAUUUGGAGAGAUUUGCAGUCAUCAACCGUUUCGCCAAGUUCCACAGCCGAGCUCAAAUGGUUGUAGCUGAGCCAGCAUCAUCUGGUGGACCUUCUACCGUUCCUAAGUUAUAUCCUCAAAGAUAUGUCACCGCUAGUCAGAUGCCCAAGAUAGUACCCGCAGGGCAUAAUUGUAUUUCACUAUGAUUGUUAUCUUUACUAGUCUUGUUUUUAAUCUUAGCUGCUCAUAUGCCUGUCUAACUUAUCUUUCGGAACAAAAAGCCAACUGAUGUCGAUUUUAACAAAGUAUAUAACGUUAUUCUGUA